CACCGUAACUGAUCAAGCCUAAGCGUUAGGCAACCAUAAUUACACUACUGCACAUUCUAUUCUAUAGAAACUAUAGAAAGACAAAAUAAACUUUUACUUAUUUAUGAUAAAAUUUAAAUGAUUCUUGACUAUUAGAAUAAAGUAUUUUUAUGAAUCUAAUUAUGUCGUGAAUUUAAAAAAAAAUACAUAAGAGAUAGACAGAUACUGCAAAUUCGCAAUCUGACCAUUUUGAGCUGCAAUAUUAUUUUAUGAAUUCUGAUUUGUGAAGUUGUCAAGACCUAACCUAAAAAUAAUCCUAAAAAUUUAGGUUUCAAUUAUUUGAAAAUACUAUUUAUAAAUUUACAUACCAAUUCACAAAAAUGAUGUCCAGUAGGGUAAUUCCGGAUAAUCCUUUAAGUCUUUCAUGGCAGGAUUCGGUGUGGAUUCCAAUUUUAAAUACUACAAAUGUGAUGGAGUAUUUUUCACAAGCAUCAAAUCCAUUUUAUGAUAGAACUUGUAACAAUGAAAUUGUUAAAAUGCAACGGCUUAAUCCAGAACAGUUGCAAAAUAUGACUGGUUUGGAGUAUGUUCUUUUACACGUCCAAGAACCUAUAUUGUAUGUGAUUCGUAAACAGCAUAGGCAUAGUCCACAACAGCUAACUCCUUUAGCAGACUAUUAUAUUGUUGCUGGUGUAGUCCAUCAAGCACCAGAUUUAGCAAGUGUCCUAAAUUCCAGAUUGCUUUCUGCAGUUCAUCAUCUCCAAUCAUCAUUUGAAGAAUCAUCUAGUUUUGCAAAAUACCAUGCUACGAAAGGGUAUUCAUGGGAUUUCAAGUCUCAACGAGCAAACAUAGAAAAAAAGAAGGAAGAAAAACCUAGGGAAGAACAGAGCUCUUUGUUUCAAAGGCAAAGAGUUGACAUGUUGUUAGGUGAACUCAUAAGAAAAUUUCCUCUACCUACUCCGCCUCAACCCAAAGUUGCACCAGCUCUUCCUAUCAAAGCAGAAGCUGAAAAUGGGCCGAGUGAAUCCAAAGAUGUUAAAGUUGAGAUUAAGCAAGAAAAGAUUAAACCUCCACCAGAGAAGAAACCUAGAAUCCAUUGAACAAAUUCUGUGAUUUAAUAUUUUUAAGAACCUAAUAACAUAUUAUUGUAUAAAGAGUAAUUCAAGAAGGGUGGAAGAAAAGCAAAAGAAAUACCUAUAUAUUCUAUUUUUUUUCUCGUAAGUCAACCCAGUUUUUACUCAUUUAAAAGCGAUUUUUUUAGUGUUUUAAUACAAAAUAAAAAUUUUGAGAUUCAAUAUGUUUCAACUACUAAGCUCAAAACUAGGCACAUUUUAUGUUCAUGAAAAUAAAAAUGUAUGUAAUUUUAACAACACCAACGUCUUUUGUAAAUGAGUUUGCAUAUAAUAUGUUUAUAAUAAACAUUUUUAUAUUCCACUUAGUAUUUGUUU